AUGACUCAAGGUCUGAAGACGUCGACCGAGCAUGUCGAACAUGUCGAACACGUAGAAGACAAAGCAUCUACUGGCGAAAAGACAAGUUUGCUUGGGCUGAAAAACAUCGAGACUGAAGCAUAUGUGGUGGAUCAAGUGAACGCUGAUUUCGAGCUGGUCCCAAUUAUUCUUGACGAGAUUCGUCCAAAUGAAGUUCUUGUUGAGAUGAAGUACAGCGGAGUGUGCCACACCGAUAUAGUCACACAGCAGGGCGGCCUCCCCUUUGUUGAGUUUCCAGCAAUUUUCGGUCACGAAGGAGCUGGUGUAGUCCGUGAUAUCGGAAGAGACGUCCAAAUCAAAGACCUCGCCAUUGGCGAUGCAGUCCUCCUGUCCUUCAAUCACUGCGGGUCAUGCAAGACAUGCACGAGCGGCCACUCUGCGCUCUGCCCAGACUCCUCAAUGAUCAACAUCAACUCGGUGCGCGUGGGCGACCGCAGCACGCCAGCUCGGCUAGCUUCGGAUGGCCGUGCUGUCCGCAGUCAAUUUUUCGGGCAGUCCUCGUUCUGCAAGAUGUCCGUCGUCAACGAGAGAUCAGUAGUGAGGUGUCCGCCGUCGGCAGUCGAACACAUGGGUGUAUAUGCCCCACUCGGAUGCGGACUCCAGACCGGCGCCGGAACGGUCAUGAACGUCGUCAAGCCAGGCAAAGAAGACUCCAUUAUCAUUUUCGGACUCGGAAGUGUGGGUCUGGCGGCAUUGAUGGCGGCACGCUACCUCGAAACCGGGCAGAUCAUUGCGGUCGAUAUCGUGCCCGAACGCCUCGAGCUUGCAAAGGAGCUCGGAGCCACCCACACCAUCAACUCGAGAGAAAGCAGCGAUAUUGUACAAGAAAUCAAGAAGAUGAGCAACGGGGGUCCAAAUUUCGCUAUAGAAUGCACUGGAACCUUAAAGGUCAUUGAAGACAUGAUUGCAUGCAUUGGCCCAUUGGGUUUAGCCGUUCAGGUCGGGGUACCGCCUCCAGGAACCGCAAUUAAGCUCGACCCGCAAGAGUUCCUGAUUGGCAACAAGAGAUAUGUUGGCAUCAUUGAGGGAGACGCAGUUCCAGCCGAGUUCAUUCCUCGACUUAUCUCCAUGCACCAAGAAGGCAGAUUCCCCAUCGACAGGUUGGCCGGGUUUUACCCAGCAUCACAGUUGAACCAUGCCAUACAAGAAAUGGCUGCCGGAAAGGUCAUCAAGCCAGUGAUUCAAUGGAGCUAG